ACACAACAAUUAAAAAAUGAAAUGACAUAAAAAAUCACAUUUCCCUUAAAAUCAUACUUUCUCGAUGUCACAUUUCCUCCCAAAUUUAAGAUUCCGUGACCAAACACUUAUAACAGAUUUCUUCAUAGUCGUUUCAUCUCUACCAUUUCCGUUGUAAAACAUCAUCGAUUCCCUUCCGCUCUCUCCCUCUCUAAAAAAGUAACCCUAGACAGAAACAAAAAAACGAAAGAAAAGCAAGCACACAGAUGGCUACUUUGGCGGCGUUUGCAGCUCGUAGAGCAGCGACUCUAGGUCGAACACCGGCUCCGUCUCAAGCCGCUUCUCUCAUUCCUCGUCGUGGUCUCGCCGGCGCCGCAGAUCACCAUGGACCCCCAAGGGUUAAUUUCUGGAAAUACCCAAUGAUUCCAUCUAAAUGGAAAGAAGAACAUUUUGUUAUCGUCUCUUUAUCUGGUUGGGGUCUGCUUUUCUUUAGUGGAUACAAGUUCUUCGUUCUUCACUAGAGGCAAAGGCAAGAAGGAAGAGGGACUAU